AUGCAUCUAGUUGAAGAACAUUAUUAUACAAUCAAUAAGACCUUUUUAAAGGUAUUAGGUAUCUGGCCUCAUGAUAAAUCGCGAUUAGUAUUUUUUCAGCGGGUGCUGUUUGUUACUUUAGCUGUAACAUAUAUUGUCCUACAGAUCAAAAUCUUCUUCGAAUGGGUUCGUUAUGAAUGGACAACGUUAAAAACUACAGAUGAAAUCGAUAUAUUAAGAAAAUAUGCUGAUUUUUCCAAACGAUUCGUGGUGACAAUGACAGUGUUUUUAAUAAUAUUCCUAAACUUUUUCGGCUUGUUUCAAUUUCUUCCGAACUUUCUUGACAUUAUUGUACCGCUUAACGAAUCUCGUGAGCGCCAUUUCUCAUUCUUAGCCGAAUAUUUUGUCGAUCAGAAACGAUAUUUUUAUCCUAUUUUGACACAUAAUCUACUGGCCAUUUAUAUUGGAGGAACUACAGUUAUUUCUACUGGUACUAUGCUUAUGGGAUUCAUAUUUCAUAUUUGCGCAAUGUUGCAAAUAGCAAGUUAUCGUCUUGAACAUGUAAGUGAUAAUAUACCAUUAGUAUCUAAAUCUGAUAAAGAUUACAUUAUUCGGAAAAGAAUAAUCAACGCCGUUGACAUACAUCGUAGAGCGCUCGAGUUUGCCGAAUUCAUGUUAUCCAGUUUUGCGAAUUUUUAUUUCACAUUAAUUGGUAUAGGUAUCUCAUCUUUAACUGUUAAUAUGUUUCAAAUACAUGUCGCUGUGGUACAAAGCACCUGUAACAGUACAGAAAUUGUUAUUGUUUAUAAUGCAAAUCUCCUCGAAAGGCCUUGUACCGAAUCUUGGUGGCGUAUACGUUUCAGUAAUGGAAAGCUUUACCUCGGUAGGAUAGCGCAAAUGGAGAGUGCGAUAGUGGUCUCCUAUCAACAAGCUAUCAGCUUCAUUGGAUUAUUUGUUAUAGGUCACGAACAAGUCAAUAUCCUUCAUGAUGGUAAUUUACUCCUGUAG